GCUCAACGCCGCCUUUUUCCUUUCCUGCCUUGCCCCGCCGCCUUCUGAAAAACUCACACGUCGAACGCACGUGCGUUGCUUGCAAGUUUACAAGACAACGCCUUCUUUCCUUUUCGUUUUUGCGUGUUUUACUCCUCCUUUCGCACAUGCAGGGAAAGUUUAUUCAAUCCAUCACCGGCCGUCCGAUCAUCGUGACGGGCGGUUCGUCCGGUCUCGGUGCUGCCACGGCCCGCUUCCUCGCCCAGCAAGGUGCGAAGGUGACACUGCUGGACCGCAACGCGGAGGAAGGCGAGAAGGUCGCAAAGGAGAUUGGCGGGCACUUCGUGGCCACGGACGUGUGCAGCGAGGCCGACGUGCAACGUGCGAUCGCCGCGGCGCAGGACGUCUGCGGCAAGCCCCUCUUUGGUGCGGUGAACUGCGCCGGCAUCUGCCCCGCUGCGAAGGUGGUGGGCAAGAAGGGCUGCCACCCGCUGGACCUCUUCAACAGGACGCUGCAGGUGAACCUGCUGGGCACCUUCAACGUGUGCCGCCUCGCCGCGGAGGCGAUGCAGAAGAACACGGAGGCGUUGGAGGCGGAAGCGGACCGCGGAGUCAUCGUGAACACCGCCAGCGUGGCUGCGUAUGAGGGGCAGGUUGGCCAGGCCGCCUACGCCGCGAGUAAAGGCGGCAUCGUCAGUCUAACGCUUCCCCUGGCGCGUGAGUUUGCGUCGCAUCGCAUUCGUGUGAACACCAUCUGCCCAGGCAUCAUGCAGACCCCGCUACUGCCGCCGGCGGUGGGCGACGCUCUCGGUGCUACCGUUCCGUAUCCCUCUCGCCUGGGCAAUCCGGACGAGUUCGCCCACCUGGUGUACUUCCUCUUCAGCAACCGCUACAUGAACGGGGAGUGCAUCCGCCUGGACGGCGCGACCCGCAUGGCUGCGAAGUAG